AUAGAUAAGCUGGUGCACCACCCUUCCCCCUGUUGCCCCAGAUCGAAACCUUGUCUCAAUUUCACCACAUCGCAGCACUUCUGUAUGUGUAAGCAUAUUGUGCUAGCUUCUUGUUUAGCAUGGUGAUCCCUGGGUGCAGGACAGGCUAGACUGGAAAAGUCAGAGAUACCAUUUCAUCCUUCAGUAACCAAAUAGACCUGAGCGCACUCUGCCUCCUGCUGACAAACCUACCGAUCUUUAGCCUGGAAAGAGAUGUGCUAAGUUCCUUGUUAGGUCUGCAAGAAGAGCACAUGACAUAAAGGAAGAUGGUAUCUCUAACCUCUGGAAAACAGCGUUCUUACAUAGCCACCAUUCCACUGUUACUUGCUGCUGCCUUCAUUGUUGCUGUACACAGUGAUUGUGAUGAGCCACCGCGUUUUCAUUUUGCUGAGCUAAAGGAAGAGUAUAGAAAUCGGAGUAAGUUUGCUGUUAAUAGCACAGUGGAGUACAACUGUCGCUCAGGUUAUACCAAGGUACAGAGGUCCAUUCUUCAUUGCACAUCACAUUCUGAAUGGUCAGACACCGUAGAGUUUUGCAGGGCAAAAUCAUGCCGUCACCCUGGAGAGCCAGAAAAUGGCAGACUUGUUAUUCUAUCAGAUCUCACGUUUGGUGCAACAGUAAACUUCAUCUGUGAAGAGGGGUACAGACUAAUUGGACAUGCAGAAAGAAAAUGUGUGCUUGAAGGAUCACAGGUUACAUGGGACAGAGAUAUUCCAUACUGUCAAGUGAUACCUUGCCUGCCUCCUCCAAAAAUAGAGCACGGGACACAUACUGGGACAACGAUGGAGGAAUUCAACUAUGGGACAUCUGUCACUUACCAGUGUGACACUGUAGAAAGGGGACAGGUUCCUUUCUCACUUAUUGGAGAGCCCUCCAUUCACUGUACAUCCACGGAUAAUGUAAAUGGAGACUGGAGCGGGCCUGCCCCGAAAUGUAAAGUUGUUAGCUGUAAACAGCCAAAAGUUCCCAAUGGAAAACAGAUGACUGGAUAUAGUCUUGUAUACACCUACAGAGCCUCCGUUCUGUUUGAGUGUGAACACCGCUACACCCUCAAAGGCAGUAACAUACUCCUUUGCAAUGAAAAUGGUGAAUGGGAUCCUCAGUCACCAGUUUGUGAGCGAAGUAGCUGUGAUGAUCCACCUUACAUUAGUAAUACUUUUCGAGAUCAUUCUAACAGCAACUUGUUUCCGGCUGAGACUGUAGUGAAAUAUAACUGUGUGGGAGGUUAUGAGUUAAUCCCUGGAAUAUCCUCUGCAAGUGUUACCUGUCAAAAAAAUUUUACAUGGUCUAAACAUCAAGAAUUUUGUCGAAAAAUUAGAUGUCCAUCUCCAGACAUUCGCAAUGGAAGAGUGAGACCUAGAAAAGAACCCUACGUGUAUGAGGACGAGAUUCACAUUGAAUGUGAUCGCGGUUACGCCCUCAAAGGCAAUUAUGGAUUGAUGAAGUGUGAACGUAAUCAUGAAUGGCAUCCUCCAUUACCAAUUUGCGAACCAGCUUGUGAGCCACCUGCACACAUCUCUAAUGGAUGGGACAACCGCGGCUGGAGAAAUGUUUUCCUUGUGGGCUCAACUGUGAGUUACUCCUGUAACCGUGGUUGGUCACUUGUUGGAGUAUCCUCCAUUCGAUGUACAGCUGAUGAUGGGGAAACUCCGCACUGGGAUGCCCCUGUCCCUUAUUGCAAAGAGAUUCCUCGUUGUCCAAACCCAGUGAUUGAAAAUGGAAAACAGAUCUCUACACAUGAAACUGAAUAUACAGUUGGAAACCGUGUUGAAUUUCAAUGUGAAUCUGGCUACAUCCUCGAAGGCAGCAAGUCAAUCGAAUGCCAGACAAAUGGGAAUUGGGAUCCCCCAAUGCCAUCUUGUAUUAAGGUUGGGUGUCCAAAACCAGAUGUGCAAAAUGGAGGAAUGGUCAUUGCAUUAGAUGAAAAAGCGUGGUACAACACGAAUGAAAACAUUACUUUCAAAUGUUUUCCUGGGUACCAAUUUUCAGACCUUUGGUAUCAGUCUACAACAGACAGUUUGACUAUUACAUGUUCAGCUGAUGGCACCUGGUCGGUGUUACCCAAGUGUGAGCAGCAAAUCAAUUCUCCUCUGUGCAACAUGGUUCGCGAAAGUGUAAAGUUACUCCACUGCAGUCUAUCUCUGGCAGAACUGAGAACCCAUCUGGAAGCACAGAAACUGUAUCUGGAGAUUCAGAAACUUAAGCGAGGCCUACAAAAAUACAAGAAAUACUGUAUCCGGCUCAACCACUUGCACUGUGCCGUGAGAACAACACUACAGAGGGGGCUGGGCAGCAUGUGCACCCUCUGCCCAUCCCCUUCCUGGGCCCCUGCAGCGGCAGAGCAUGGAAUCCCACUUCCCCUUGCCUCAUGUGCCUAUGGGUGGCCAUGCCUGGGGUCCGUGUUGCACAGUGCGCAGGUGAGGAGCAGCUGCAGCCCUGCCUGCACUGCACUGUCACCACCAUUCUCUGGGAACUCACCUGGCACCACGAUGUCACUUCCCUCUGGCUGGACCCUGCAGCUCCUGGGGACCCUCAUACUCAUGCAGCUGCCUGGGGGAGCUCUCAGUUAUUGUGUUGAUCCACCUGACAUUCCCAAUGCUGUUCGGAAGACUAAUGUUGGCACAUUGAUUCCAGCCGGGAUGGUGAUUAAAUAUGGCUGCCGCCCAGGUUAUGAGCUGAUCGCUGGAAUUAGGCAAGGGCAUGUUACUUGUCUUCAAAAUUCAACCUGGUCUUCAGCUCUGAACUUUUGUCAGAAAGUUCGUUGUCCAGCUCCAGAUGUUAACAACGGAACACAGACACUGAUGCCUAGACCUGGAGAGGAGACCUAUGCAUUUGGGGACAGUGUUACAAUUGAAUGUGAUUUGGGGUAUGGUAUCAAAGACAAUAUCAAUGGAAAUGCUCAGAUUCACUGCAAACAUGAUGGCACAUGGGAUCCUGCUGUACCAGUUUGUGAACCAGUUUGUUCCCAACCCCCGAACAUCUCCCAUGGCCAGUACAAUGACUGGGGCAAGAGAGUUUUUGUUGUUGGCUCAUCAGUAACUUACAAAUGUGACAGAGGCUUCUCACUUGUUGAAAAAGCCUCCAUUCAGUGUGUCACUGGUGAUGAGGUCACUCCAACCUGGAGUGAGCCUACACCUCAGUGUGAAGAGACUCAGUGUCCAGACCCACAUAUUCAACAUGGAAGCCUGAAAUCUACACUUCCACAUAACUAUACGUACGGAACCAGUGUAACGUUUCAGUGUGAUCCUGGUUACAUCCUUAAGGGUGCUGAUAGGAUUCAAUGCCAAGCUGAUGGCAAGUGGUAUCCGCAGCUACCCGUUUGUGACCUAGUUUGUGCCCAACCCCCGAACAUCUCCCACGGCCAGUACAAUGACUGGGGCAAGAGAGUUUUUUUUGUUGGCUCAUCGGUAACUUACAAAUGUGACAGAGGCUUCUCACUUGUUGGAAAAGCCUCCAUUCAGUGUAUCGCUGGUGAUGAGGUCACUCCAACCUGGAGCGAGCCUACCCCUCGUUGCGAAGAGACUCAGUGUCCAGACCCACGUAUUCAGCAUGGAAGCCUGAAAUCUCCACUUCCACAUAACUAUACGUACAGAACCAGUGUAACGUUUCAGUGUGAUCCUGGUUACAUCCUCAGGGGCUCUGAUAGGAUUCAAUGCCAAGCUGAUGGCAAGUGGUAUCCGCAACUACCCGUUUGUGACUUAGGGAGAUGUUCCUACCCGCCAGUCCUUGCGUAUGCUGACAGAAACGAUCACAGAGAGUUUCUAGUUGGUACUGUAGUGACCUACUCCUGCAGACCAGGUUACACACGCAUCCCUGGAGUAUCUUCUCAUGUCACUUGUUUUACAAAUUUUACCUGGUCUAAAGUCUCAGAACUAUGUCAGAAGACUCGUUGUCCAAAGCCAGUGGUUGAAAAUGGAAAACAGAUCUCUCCAGUGGAAACUGAAUAUACGUAUGGCAACCGUGUUGUGUUUCAAUGUAAUCCUGACUACAUCCUCAGAGGCAGUGAGGGGAUUGUGUGCCGGAGCGAUGGGAUGUGGCACCCUCCAGUACCAUUUUGUGAUAAAACCUGUGGCCGACCUCCAACUCUCAUGAACGGGCUGCACAAUGGUGGGAUGAAGGAAUAUUUCCCCUAUGAAUCACAAGUGACCUAUAGCUGCGGAAACGGUUUAUCACUGAUUGGAGAGUCCUCUAUUUAUUGCACAUCUGAUGGGGUAAAUAUGAUGUGGAGCGGGCCUGCCCCGCAGUGCAAAGUGGUUCGCUGUCCAAGGCCAGAGGUUGAAAAUGGAAGAAUGAUGACUACAAGACAAGCGUUCACGUACGGUGUCACUGUUCGGUUCUCUUGCAAGGAAGGCUACCUGCUCCAUGGCAGUAGAGAGAGUCAGUGUCAGGAUGACAACACCUGGAAUCCUCCUGUGCCAAGUUGUCAGCCAGUUCAGUGUUCAAAGCCAGAUGUGCAGAAUGGAAGAAUGGUCAAUGCAUUAGAUGAGAAAAUGUGGUACAAUGUAAAUGAAAGCAUUACUUUCAAAUGCUCUCCUGGGUACCAUUUUUCAGACCAUUGGUACCUGCCUACAACAGACAGCUUGAGCAUUACUUGCUCAGCCAGCGGCAACUGGACAGCAUUACCCAAAUGUAAAAAGCAAAGCAAUACUGAAGAAUGUGCAGGAGCACGUGAGAGUAAAGAGUUUCUCCUUUGUGAUGUGCCUCUGACAGAACUGAGAACCCUGCUGGAACUGAAGAAACUGUAUCUGGAGAUUCAGAAACUGAAGCGGGAGAUUAACAAAUUGUAAUGAUUAGCUGAAAUCUGUGAUCCUAAUUGUGUUAGGAAAGUGAAAGCAAAUAGAGGAACUAGACUGAACUGUAUGAACUGCAGGUUUAUAUUCAUACAAGCUUCAGACCCUAUGCAGCUGGAAAUUUACAGCAACAACCUUCAGCUUUGCCAUAAUUGCUGCUUACAUUUAGCUUUUAUGCAUUAUAACACAUACAUUCACAGUGGGUGUAUGGGUCUUCUACUGUCUGAUUUACAUUAACCUUAAGGGCAGUGAUGUUCAUAGCUGCCCGUGCACCACUGAAAAUCUAAGGGAUAGCAAAGCAAUCUUCCCUGUCCUCUUGGAUUUAAACUCAGCUCAGCAGACUUUCUUCUUAAUCUGACCAGAUCUAGUUUUGAUUGAUACCAGUAUUAUCACCUGAGGCAUUUUUAUAUCUAAUCACACUCAAGAGUAGAUGGUAGAAAUUUAACUGUAGAGAAACAACCUGCUAAGCCAUUUUCCCACUGAUCAAUAAAUGGACCUGUACCUUUUGAGAUCAAGUAAUUAUUCCUGCAUUCCAGGGCUACAAUAAAAUGCAAUUGUUAUAACUGC